GCUCUUUUUUUUCUCGCGAUUGUUUCCCGUGUGGGUUAAUGGCUCCUCCUGCUACAGACUGAGACGGAGCUGGCACCGAGCAGCGAUACGGGGGGAGCUGUAACACCACGGAGGAGGAAAAAAAAAGCGAUUACACCCCAAAUACCAGCGGGUUUUUCAUCGCAGUUGUUUGGGUGUACAGAGGAAAUAGGCUCUCCGGGGUUGGUAGUUCGGGUCGAGGGCUAAAUUUAGCAGCGGGGCCGGUCGAGGAUAGCAGGCUAUUUUUCCAACAAACCAACUCCCCAGAUGAACUCCGUCAGAGCCGCCAACAGGAGACCCAGGCGAGUGUCGAGGCCGCGCCCGGUGCAGCCCGAACGGAACAACGGGGAUAGAGAUGAGGAGGCUCCUGCAGCAGCUGCAGCAGAGAUGGCUAUUGAGGAGUCCGGUCCAGGAGCUCAGAACAGUCCCUACCAGCUUCGACGCAAGACCCUGCUUCCCAAGAGAACCGCCGCUGCCUCAGCCACCGCCUCUGCCUGCCCCAGCAAGGGCCCAAUGGAGGGAGCUUCCACUUCAUCAACAGAAGCCUUCGGCCAUCGAGCCAAGCGGGCACGAGUGUCCGGUAAGAGCCACGACCUGCCAGCAGCCCCAGCAGAGCAGUAUCUGCAGCAGAAGCUUCCAGACGAGGUUGUUUUGAAGAUCUUCUCCUACUUACUGGAACAGGAUCUCUGUCAGGCAGCCUGUGUGUGCAAGAGAUUCAGCCAGCUAGCUAACGACCCCAUCCUAUGGAAGCGUCUAUAUAUGGAGGUAUUUGAGUACACACGUCCCAUGAUGCACCCUGAGCCCGGCCGGUUCUACCAGGUCAGUCCUGAGGAGCAUGAACACCCGAACCCCUGGAAGGAGAGCUUCCAACAGCUGUACAAAGGUGCUCACGUCAAACCCGGCUUCGCGGAGCAUUUCUACAGUAACCCCGGCAGAUACAAAGGCAGAGAGAACAUGCUGUAUUAUGACACCAUCGAGGAUGCGCUGGGCGGGGUACAAGAGGCCCACUUUGAGGGUCUUAUCUUUGUCCACUCCGGCAUCUAUACAGACGAGUGGAUUUAUAUAGAGUCUCCCAUCACCAUGAUCGGCGCAGCUCCAGGGAAAGUAGCAGACAAAGUGGUGAUAGAGAACACUCGAGACUCAACGUUCGUCUUCAUGGAGGGUGCUGAUGACACCUAUGUGGGCUACAUGACCAUCAAGUUUAAUCCUGAUGAUAAGUCGGCGCAGCACCACAACGCCCACCACUGUCUGGAGAUCACUGUCAACUGCAGCCCCAACAUCGACCACUGCAUCAUCCGCUCCACAUGCACAGUGGGUUCAGCAGUGUGUGUGAGUGGCCAGGGCGCGUGCCCAACCAUCAAACACUGCAACAUCAGUGACUGUGAGAACGUAGGACUGUACAUCACAGACCACGCACAGGGCAUUUAUGAAGACAAUGAAAUCAGCAACAAUGCACUAGCAGGAAUUUGGGUGAAAAACCACGGCAAUCCCAUCAUUAGACGUAACCACAUCCACCACGGACGAGAUGUGGGCGUGUUCACCUUCGAUCACGGCAUGGGUUACUUUGAAAACUGUAACAUCCACAGAAAUCGUAUAGCAGGCUUCGAGGUGAAGGCCUACGCCAACCCCACGGUGGUGCGCUGCGAGAUCCAUCACGGGCAAACAGGCGGCAUCUACGUCCACGAGAAGGGCAGAGGGCAGUUUAUAGAGAACAAAAUCUAUGCCAAUAACUUUGCUGGAGUGUGGAUCACGUCCAACAGUGACCCCACGAUACGGGGAAACGCUAUAUUCAACGGUAACCAAGGAGGGGUGUACAUAUUUGGAGAUGGGCGAGGUUUGAUAGAGAGUAACGAUAUCUAUGGAAACGCCUUGGCGGGAAUCCAAAUCCGAACCAACAGCUGCCCCAUUGUCCGGCACAACAAAAUCCACGAUGGCCAGCAUGGGGGCAUCUACGUGCAUGAGAAAGGUCAGGGGGUGAUCGAGGAGAACGAGGUUUACAGCAACACGCUGGCUGGAGUCUGGGUGACCACAGGCAGCACUCCUGUCCUCCGCAAGAACCGCAUCCACAGCGGCAAACAGGUUGGUGUGUAUUUCUAUGACAACGGGCACGGUGUGUUGGAAGACAAUGACAUCUACAAUCACAUGUACUCCGGUGUGCAAAUAAGAACGGGAAGCAAUCCAAAGAUCCGGCGCAACAAGAUCUGGGGAGGCCAGAACGGAGGGAUUUUAGUCUACAACUCAGGUCUGGGCUUCAUCGAGGACAAUGAGAUCUUUGAUAACGCCAUGGCCGGGGUGUGGAUCAAGACGGACAGCAACCCCACUCUGAGGAGAAAUAAGAUCCAUGACGGCAGAGAUGGAGGCAUCUGCAUCUUCAAUGGAGGCAGAGGUCUCCUGGAAGAGAACGACAUCUUCAGGAACGCUCAGGCUGGCGUGCUGAUCAGCACCAACAGUCAUCCGAUCCUCCGCAAGAACCGCAUCUUUGACGGCUUCGCUGCUGGUAUUGAAAUCACAAACCACGCCACGGCCACGCUGGAGGGAAACCAGAUCUUCAACAAUCGCUUUGGAGGCUUGUUUCUCGCCUCCGGGGUUAACGUCACCAUGAAAGAUAAUAAGAUUCUGAACAAUCAGGAUGCGAUUGAGAAGGCGGUGAGCAGAGGACAGUGUCUGUACAAGAUCUCCAGCUACACUAGUUACCCAAUGCACGACUUCUACAGAUGUCACACCUGCAACACAACAGAUAGGAAUGCCAUCUGUGUAAACUGCAUCAAAAAAUGCCACCAGGGACACGAUGUAGAGUUUAUACGGCACGAUCGGUUUUUCUGUGACUGUGGAGCUGGAACGUUGUCCAACCCGUGCACGCUGGCCGGAGAGCCCACACACGACACGGACACUCUGUACGACUCAGCACCGCCCAUCGAGUCCAACACGCUGCAACACAACUGAAGAGUCCGGUCUGGUUACACCCUCUCACUUAAGCAUACAAACACAUUACAUUGCACACAGCCACACACACACACUCAUACACACGCACACCCACGCACACACCCACAUGCACACAAACACACACUCACAUGGUUACAUACACACAUCCACAUGCAGCCAUAAGGACCCAGAGAGACUCUGCGACUGCGGCGCUCUCAGACGGGCUCAAGGUGAGCGAGGCUGCAGAGGAAGCAGCUUCCUGACGCUGCAGCGUGGGCAGACACCACUAGAUGGAGCCGUGGAGCUGAGAGACAGAACGGCCACAAGAGAUUCCUCACUCGAGUAUUUCUUAUUGCAGUCUGAAGACAAAGACGAUAAAAGAGAAGGGCUGUUGACGGAAGCGUUAAAAAAGUUCCCCCUGUGUCACUCCUUGGCCCGCUUCUUUUUUUCUUCUUCUUCACAUGAACUGCCGUCAAAGAGACUUCCUGCUUCCUCGCAGCUGCCAUCCCCCAUUGGCUGUCCAGUCAGUUGUAACUAGGCAACAGAUGGACGGAUGUUGCUCUGUUGUGUGUGGAUAAAGAGCAAGAUUGUGUGUGUGAUGGAGCACUUGGGCUUUUUUAAAAAAAUAUGUUCAGAUCAAUGGAUUUUAUUUCAAUGCUUUCUCAUGUAGUUUUGUAUUUUCAAGCAAAAAGCUGACUGUAUUUGAAUGUCUUUUAUUUUAUUAUAUAUUAUUAUUAUUAUUAUAAUUAUUAUUAUUUUCUUUGGUUAGCGUCCCCCCUCCCUCUCCAACACCCGUCAAACUGCAGACACUCAGACGUCCCAGUGGUGAAGUUCUUUCUGUGAAAGAGAAUCUCGUUUAAACACUAAAACCCUCUCCAGUAUAUUAGCUUACAGAGCAGGUGGAGGGGCUCCACAGGUGUAUAAAGGUGUGUGUGUGUGUGUGUGUGUGUGUGAGUGUAAAUGUGUGUGUUGUGUACAGUGAAAGUUGCGUGUAUGUGUGUAUAUGUUUAUAAGUUGAUGCAGUCAGUGUUUUGUGGAGAGGGUUUCCUAUAGGAGGCGCCAGAGCUCCUUUUGAACUGGAACCUAAGAGUCACUCUGCAGCCCCCCUGCCCCCUUCGUCCUCCCCCUCCUCCUCUUCUUCCUCUCCCCCCGUGUAUCGUGGUGACUGUGGCUCCUCAUGCAGCCUGAAUCGUAUGCAUGUACCAUAACAUCUAGACUUAAUAUAUUGUGAAGUAUUCAAUAACCAUUAUGUAGAUGCUAGUUGGAAUUCAAAAAGGGGUAUACUUUCUUAGAAAGACAAAAAAAGAAAACAGGAAACUGGCCAUUUCUAAGAAAAUAAAACUUUAUUAGAUCAGA